AUGUGGUAUUCCGUAUUGCCUUUCUGUUAUCGAAUUUCAUUCCAGAACCCUGGGUGCCUUUCUACAAAUGGUUUGGUUGGAGCUUUGUUAUUUUUCUACUCUUUACUUUUAGGAUUUUGUGCAUCAGAUUCAGCAUGGAAUUUAUGGUGGAGUUACGAAGGAAUUUCCGGUCCAGAUUUUUGGGGUGUAGCAAAUCAAGAUUUUGCAAUGUGUAAGAAAGGCAAACAACAGUCGCCUAUUAAUAUAGAUCCAUCAAGACUAUUAUACGAUCCCAAUUUAAAACAUCUACAUAUCAACUAUACUGAUGCUAAAGGAGUAUUAAUAAAUACGGGAAGAGAUAUCACCAUCGAAAUGCAGAAUUUAGGAUAUAACCAUAUCAAUAUCUCUCUCGGGCCCUUAUCAUAUCAAUAUAGACUCUCCAAAAUAAAAUUUCAUUUUGGUAAUAUGGAUAAGAUCGGAUCAGAACAUACUAUUAAUGGAAAGCCUUUUCCAGCUGAGAUGCAUCUACUAGCGUACAACAGUGACCUUUAUCCAAAUUCAAGUUAUGCUUUAAAAGGCGUGAAGGGUUACACGAUUAUAGCAGUAUUUAUAGAGUUAGGAAAAGAACUAAAUAAGCCUUUUCAUCUGAUAUCAAAAGAGUUGAAAGCCUUGCGUUAUAAAGAACAAACAGCAAUGUUACACCAUCUAGAUUUGGGACGACUUCUUCCUAAAACUGAGCAUUACAUGACUUACGAGGGCUCGUUUACUCAGCCCGGCUGUCAGGAGACAGUUACCUGGAUUAUUUUAAAUAAACCAAUAAAAAUAGCCAAAGAACAGCUUUCUGCCUUACGUGUAUUAUAUGACGGAAGGGAAAACGACCCUAAUUUAGCUUUAGAGGUGAAUUCACGUCCAGUUAUGCCUUUAAACCAUCGUGUAGUUAGAACAAAUAUUAACUUUAGGAGAAGGGUAGGUAUAAGGUCACACGUCUUAAAGGGAUUGUAA